AUGGCGCCCCAACCAAAGGGUAAACAAGGCACCAAAGGAGCCAAACAAAUUGUCGAGGAGAACAAAUCCACUUUGGUAUUCUACAGGAAUAUGGCAUUGGGCAGUGCUGCAGCCUCGAUUUUGGUGAAUUUCAUAUUCUUUGAAAUUGGCAAGGUGACAGUGAUAAUGAGCAUUUUAUCUUUGCUAACACUGGGAGCAGCAUAUCAAUUUAUGGCAUUUAUGUCAAAGGCCAAAUAUUCGGAAACUGGAGCUUUGCUGGAUUCCGGUAAUGAUUUGAAUAUGGAGGGUGGCAUUGCAGAAAAUGUUAAGGAUUUGAUUAUCCUCACCUCGGGCACAAUGUUAUUGUCAAUGGUAUCCAACUAUUUCUGGUUCCUACUGCUGUUGGCCCCCCUUCGAGCCUUGUAUAUGUUGUGGGGCAGUGUUAUCAAGCCAUGGUUGGCCCAAAAGAACGAAGCCCAAGAACCCGAAAUCAAUGAAAAGAAACAACGCAAAUUGGAACGUAGAAUGCGUCGCCAAAGAUGA